AAAAGUGGAGACAGAGCCGGGGGACCGAAUGAAGAUGUUCCAGGUAAAGUGGGAUCGUGGCCACCAAGGGAUUUGACGAAAUAUCCUCCGCGGGAAGCAAAAAACAACCCAGACUGUGCCACAAACUGAAUAAUGUCAGGGACACCAAAUGCGGAGGCAGAAGGAGUAGUCUCCAAAGUGCAAGUGAAAAAGGAGAUCAAGACAAUCGUGGAGAAUUUGGAAAAUAUCCUGGGAGACCUUAAGGACGUCGCCAAAGAGCUGAAAGAGGUUGUUCAUGAGAUCGACACCCUGACUGGUGACCUGCAACUGGAGGAGGACGGACUGACAGACAGCUCAAAGACAGACACGCUGAACUCCAGCUCAAGCUCCACCACCACUACCACAACUGCAUCAAGCUUGGAGAAGAUGAAGGUUUUCCCUGAUGACUGCAUCUUUAAAACACAAGUGCCCCUCAGUCCAGUCCUUGUCAACCCUUCCUCAGCCCUGACUGUACUCAAGAGGUCCCACCCACCCCUGCCACCACCAAGACUAACUUCGAUGAGAGCAGAGGACCACAACAUUAGGAAUUUGCCUCAUCCAACUUUCGUCCUGUCGGGGAAUAUAUCCAAGUCAAAUGGGUCUUUAAUCAGGAACGGCGGGGUUUUCCCACUGAAAACAAGCAAGGAUUUAUUCUCCUCCACGCCGUGCUUCAUUACUGGGGAGAGCGAAAUUUCUGAAUCAGGUCUCGUUCCUACAUUGCCAAGACCCAUGCCGCUUCUCCGCCAUGAAAAAAGCAAAUGCCCCAAGGCCCCCAGCAGGGAGCCUCGCGAGAGAGUCCGCUUCAGCGAGAAGGUCCAGUACCAUGGAUACUGCCCAGACUGUGACCUCCAAUAUGACGUGGAUGACACGGAACUACACCUACAGGCUGAACUGAGUGACUUAAGGCUCAGUCCUGUGCAUUGCUGCUCAUCCUCCUCCCCGCCUCCUUCUCAUGUUCUUCCUCAUCAACUGAUGUUGGAAAACGGAGGGCUCUCAGUCAGCCACAGUUUCCCGCCGACAACAAACACUCUUCCACCUUGUGUGGUUCCUCACACACCCUCGCUAAAGCCCCAUAAAACAAUUCUGCGUAAAUCAACCACCACCACAGUUUGACA